ACAAAACUAGGUGGGAUCGGUAGUACGGAGGAAGAUGUAAAGAGACAGCAAAGGGUGUGGGCAUGGCAGGUGGAAGAGUAUGAGGUCAUUGAUUGUGGGAAGUAAAUGAACAGAGCAUUUGUUAAAUGCUGAGGAACUGGAUUGUGGUCAUUUUCAAGUGUGCUUGUACAAAGUUACAACAGACCAACAGGCAGGCAAAGCAAACAAUUUGGAGGGCAAAUGAUAUGUUAGUUUUUAUGUUAAGACAACUCGUAUGCAUGAGUAAGGAAGCCUUACUGUAAUUGUGUAGGAACUUGGUGAGAUCACACCUGUAAUAUUGCGUGCAGAUUUGGUUUGCUAACCUAAGAGAGGAAACACUUGGUUAAGAGUGGGCGCACUGGUUCCAUAGAUUAUGGGUUUGCUGUGUGGUGAGAGGGUGAGUAGGAGGGGAUUGUAUUUUCGAGAGUUUAGAAGAGUGAUUGCCUCAAAAUGUCCAGUCUUUGCGGUUUCAUUUUCUCUCUUUCACCGUGUGGGAAUCCCCUGGCGACUUGGUUACCUCCAUGUUUCAUGUGUAGGCUGGCUAUUUAAUUGUUACUGUCAAUUAUGUCGAAUGAAACUGAGGUGGGGGAACCGCUGGGGAGAUUGCUGGGUUGGAGUACUUCAGUACUGGGGAGAGAUUGGAGAAACUAGGCUUGUCUUCCCUGGAGUGAAGAAGGAUGAGGGGUAAUCUGAUGGUAGUAUAGAAAAUAAGAGGCAGAGAUAGGCUGGGAAGUGACAUUCUUUGUCCCAUGGUAGAGUAUCAUAAACAAGAGGGCACAGGUUUAAGGUGAGAGGAAGGAGUUUUAAAAAGGACUAGAGGGCAAAUGUUUUCAUGCUCAGAGUGGGUGGUAUCUGAAACUCUGCCAGAGGAGGUGGUGGAAUCAUUAUAUUUAGGCAUAGUACUUAAAUAGACCAGGCAUUAAAAUAAAUAGUCCAAGUGUGGGUAAAUGGUAUAGUUGGGAGGAAAGCCCAGUAUGGGCGUGGUGGGAAAAAAGAACACAUUUCUAUGCUCUACAGCUCUAUGACUCAUAGAAUCGAUGGGAAUGCUCUGUGAGUUAGUAUAGACUUUAGGGCAAAAUGCCCUCCUUUAUUAUAAGGAAAUAUGAUAACGUACAAAGAGCUUGGCAGAGGGGAUGCUUCACUUGGCUGGGUAGUCUAUGUCGAGGGCACAGCUUCAGAAUAGGGAAGGUGCAGGCCUAAUGAAGGCAAUUAGGAUUAGUGUAGCUAGGCAUCGUGGUCAGCAUGCACGAGAUGGGCUGAAGGGCCGGUUUCUGUGUUGUGAAUCUCUACGACUCUGAGUUUCGAACCAAGCCUUUGCGGAGAUACCUGCCAUGCAUUCACAAGCCUUGGCACACAUAUGGUUUGGCCCCAUGCGACUGUGGGGUUGGAACCAAAUGCACAGAGAACAGGACUACCAAUCAACAUGCUGUCCUUCACUUUGAAACUUUCCUUGUACAUUAUGUCCCCACAAUGUGUUGACUGUGCUUGGAAAUCGCAUGCUGGAUCUCACUUCAAAUACCUUCUGAAUGUUUCUGCAGGGCCGGGUGCCACACACUGUAGCAAGCUGCUUCCCCAGCUAAUCUCACAUCCUGCUGAUCGCCCUCUAUCUCAGGCUACUGGUGAUCCAAUGCGUCACCCCAAUGAAAUGGAACACAAAGUCUUGUUGUUGCAAAUCUGAUACAUCGGCCCGCUGUAAGCAGAAGUCAUCGAAGGAAUUGCUGAAUGUCGGAGGGGCUGAGUGGACAGCGCUAAGCACAGGCCGUUCCGAGUAACGAGAGGGUUUGUUUUUACAGCCACCAUCUGCCCAUUCCCUCCACAGAUGCUGCCUGACCUGCUGAGUUCCUCCAACGCUCUGCGUUUUGCUCCAUAAGUCGAGUUUGUCCAUAAGUUGGAAAAUACACAAAAAUCACUCAGUAUGGGCACCAUAUCUCCACAGUAUUAUAAAAGCACACGUCUGAUAAGGUUUUGAGGCCAUGUCCAACCCAAGCUGGCUGGUGCAAAGUGGCAUUGAUAACCCUGGCCAUGUGCCUGCCAGGAUGGAGACCAUGACUUCAAUCACCAACCCCAGUAUCUCUGUUUCAACUCAACAAACCCCCAAGAAAUGUGCACCUGUGGUUGCUCCAAAACCCAAGUACAACCCCUACAAGCAGAACGGGCAGCCUGUGGUCCAAGUGGUCACUGAAGGUGAAUUCCCUGCACCUCCUCCAAGUGUCGAAGGAUUGAACCAGGUCCUAGCGGAGUUCCCUCCUCCGCCAAACCUGCCCUUGGAUCGCCAUGGACCAGGUGCUUCAUCUGAUGUGCAGACAGGGAGGAAGAGCCUGGAGGAGAGGCGCUCGAGUCUGGACGCCGAGAUAGACUCCCUGACCAGCAUCUUGGCCGAUCUCGAGAGCAGUUCCCCCUACCGGCCUCGGCAGAGUCAUGGUGGUUCAGCCACGUUGCCACUUGCCGGCUCAUUGGGAGGUGCAAUCCCGGGAACCAUGGCAGCUCCCAGCCCGGUGAUCGGUCACCAGAGGAUGGUCAUCCCAGCCCAGCCACUGCUGACGGCCACCAAGAAGACGGGUGGGAAGCCGGGGACCAGCCCGGGGCCGACCGGAGCCACCCGGACCCUGCCGCAGCCGGUGCCGGCCUCCUACAGCACCGCCUCCACGCCAGCGCAGCCAGCCUUUAACGUGCAGGUCAAAUCCGCCCAGCCCAACCCGCACUACCUGCCGCCGGGCCCAGAGCCCGGGGUCUCCCUGCAGUACACCCUGCCGCCCGGCCGCUCUCCUGAGCCAGCGAGACACGGACCACCACGCCCCGCACCGACCUGGGCCCCCGAGCCCGGCUACGGCUACACGGCAUCGACACCACCUUCCCGCUACCAGGACCUGCAGCCCGUGCCACCCUCCUACGCAGGAGGCUACGCCGGAGAGCCUGCCCACCGUGGACACAGUCCCUGGAGGCCAGAGCCAGCCUACCCCCCAGGACCACCCGCCGGCCCCUACCGCCAGCUCGCUUCCCCCAGGAAGGUCCACGGCAUGGAGCCGGCACUGGGGCCAGCCGCCAUGACGCAGCAAUCCAAGAAUGUCUACCAGCCUCCAGCUCCCGCUCCGGUUCCAGCUCCGGCUCCGGGUUCCGCUCCAGCUCCAAGGCCAGAGGAUGAACUUAACCGUCUGACAAAGAAGCUGUUGUUUGACAUGGAGAAUCCACCAUCGGAUGAUUACUUUGGACAGUGCGUGCGCUGCGGGGAGAGCGUGGUUGGCGAGGGAGCGGGCUGCACGGCCAUGGAGCAGGUGUUCCACGUGGACUGUUUCUCCUGCGUCACCUGCGGCAACAAGUUGCGGGGACAUGCCUUCUACGCCGUGGACAAGAAGUCGUACUGUGAACUCUGCUACAUCAGCACCCUGGAGCAGUGCAGUGUGUGCUCGCGGCCCAUCAUGGAGCGCAUCCUGCGAGCCACCGGUAAGGCCUACCACCCCCAGUGCUUCACGUGCGUGGUGUGUCACCGCAGCCUGGACGGUGUGCCCUUCACUGUCGACACCACCAACCAGGUGCACUGCAUCGACGACUUCCACAGGAAGUUUGCACCGCGUUGCUCUGUGUGCGGUGAGGCUAUCAUGCCGGCGGUGGGACAGGAGGAGACUGUGCGCAUCGUGGCCCUCGACCGUGACUUCCACGUGCAAUGCUACCGCUGCGAGGACUGUGGUUCCCCGUUGUCGGACGGCGACACCCAAGGGUGCUACCCCCUGGAUGGUCACGUCUUCUGCAAGACCUGCAAUGGCCAACGCAUCCAGGCCCUGACGGCCAAAGCCAGCACCGACCUGUGAGGCCAUGCAGCGGUACGCCUGCCCCCCACCAAAGAUCUACAGCUGCACUUUCUCCGCGCGCCUUCACCCUCCCACCUCUCCACACACCGUGUCCCAACCCCUCCAUGCUCUCUGUCCCCGAACCCCUCCCUGCCACUCGCUCAGACCCACUGCCAGGACUACGACCAGGUACGGGAACAGCACGCACCCAGUUAGCGCUGGCACCUGCUACAAGCAACAGCCCACGUGCCCAGUUGCACCUGGCAUCAGUGAAGGGGCAGGAGCCGGGGCCUGGCUCAUAGUGAGCCGUAGAGCGACAGCCCCCCAGUACCCACUCACUCUCCAUCCCUGCUGUUUGCCAAGGCUGCAUGCUCACUCUCCAUCUCUCACACUCUCUCUCACACUCUAUGUCUCACUCUCACUCCAUGUCUCUCUCUUUCCCACCCUCCAUGCCUCUCUCACUCUCUGUCGAUGUCUCUCUCCCUCUCUCUCUCCCACUCGCUGUCUCUCUGUUUCUCCACCACAUCCCCCACUCCAUGCCUCCUGUGAACCCGCUGACUCUCGGCCCCAGCAGUGUGUGGGGUGGUUGAACUCCACAGGUAGGUGGUUGAUGCGGCAGUGGGCGGCUGGGAUGACGGCUCAGGCCGGGAGCAUCUCCCUCGAGCACGGCUGGGGCUGGGGUUCCAACACCAGGGUGUUGCCAGGAGACAGUGGCAAGAGUGAUGCCAGCAGUUGGGGGAGUCUGUGGUGGGGCGGCACAGUGACACAGUGGCAGAGUGCCUUACAGCGCCAGAGCUCCAGGUUUGAUCCUGACCACGGGUGCUGUUUAUGUGGAGUUUGCACAUUCUCCGAGUGACUGUGGGUAUUCUCCGGGUGCUCUGGAUUGCUCCCACACUACCAGUGGUAGAAGUGUCAGGACAGUGGUGUUGGGGUAGAAGUGCCAGGGAGGUAGUGUAAGGACAGUAGUGUCAGGACGGUAGUGCCAGGCUAUGAGGGCGGAGCUCGUGAAGUUGUUGACAGGAACAGCAGGAGUGGGAUAAAAAUGGGACCGUGCGUUCUUGCUUUGUGUUUGUACAGGAAGGAAUAAUAUUUACUUCUGGCAGCCGAUAAAUGAGUAAAAUCACUUUUAUUUAGCUCUGGGAAUCUGCAUUGCAAUGAGAAUAAAUAGGUUGACAUUGAGAAUCUCCCUGCUUUAGCGAGGAGCUCACAGUGCCAGUGGAUUAGAGUGCGCAGCGGUGCGGGGGUCAGAUUAGAGAGCGCAGCGGUGCGGGGGUCAGAUUAGAGAGCGCAGUUGUGCGGGGGCAGAUUAGAGUGCACAGCAAUGUGGGAGCGAAUUAGAGAGCUCAGCGGGCUGGGUAAGCGUUAGGCACAUCUGACCAUCACUGGCCUGGGUUGAACACAAAAACAAUUGUUUCUCCUGCCAGUGUGAAAUGACCAGGCAGACGGUGUGCAUGUGUAGUGACGCUCAGUAACGCUGCUGGAACAGGAAUAAUGGUUAUUGAUCCGUUUCUGCUCUGACAUCACACUGACCUCACUGUCCACAUAUAAGGACCACACCGUGCACAAAUAUAUUCCAAGUAAAUUACCCUGAUAAAUGGCAUCAGCAAACGUUGGUGGCUGUUUAAUACGAUUAAAUAAAACAGCCAUCAUUAAACCACUGACGUUUCUUCACCUCAGCUCUAUGCAAAGGCACUCUGGGAUACACAUGUUCGCAGAAGUUCACCACAUUCCACAAUUUAUAUACAACUUUUAUAAAACAUUCCUAAAUAUAUUGCUGACAUUUCCAAGAUUACAGAACGUACCUGGUUUGUAGAACCCCUUUCCUGAUUAUUCAUGACUUUCCAGGUCAUGGAAUACAUUCUUAGUUUAGCGACAUAUUCCCGGGUUGCCGGGACCAAUCCCAGCCUUGCCGCUCCAGUAACGUUGCUGGGGUUCGCACCCAGGAAGCAACAUCUCUCCCAGGGCCACAGCCAACAGCAGUACCAUCUGGUGACAGAAUCUAGUCAUGAUGUCGUACAGCACAGAAUCAGGACGUUCAGCCCAUCUCAUCCAUGCCCAUCCACGUUCCAUCCUAUUUAUCCGCAUUAGGACUGUAACCCUCUAAUCCUUUCCUACCCCCGUACCUAUCCAGGGCACAGUUCUAGUAGGGACAGAUUUGUCCUUGUGUAACACUGGGUUACAGUACUGAUGGGGACUGGUCCGUUGCUGUAUAACACUGGGUACAGUACAGUGUAGGAAGGAACUGCAGAUGCUGGUUUAUACCGAAGAUAGACACAAAAUGCUGGAGUAAUUCAGCGGAACAGGUAGCAUAACUGGAGAGAAGGAAUAGGUGAUGUUUUGGGUUGAGACCCUUCUUCAGACUGGGCAUUAAUCUCACUCAGUUUUGAAGAGGGUCUCGACCGCAAACAUCACCCGUUCCUUCUGCAGCAUUUUGUAUCUAUCUUUGGGGUACAGUACCAGUGGGGACAGGUCUGUCACUAUAACACUGGGGGUACAGUACUGGUGGGGACAGGUCUAUCGCUGUAUAACACUGGGGUACAGCACCAGUGGGCACGAGUCUGUCGCUGUAUAACACUGGGGUACAGUACUGAUGGGGACGGGUCUGGCACUGUAACACGGGCACAGUACUAGUGGGGAUGGGUCUGUCACUGUGUUCCAAAGGGGCACAGCUGUGCUGAGACAGGCAUGGUGUUAUAUCUCGGGAGGUUCCUGAUCUCUGCCGGUGGAGUUCAUACCUCACUGUGAAUUUUUACUGUCACUAAUCUCUCUUUUUCCUUUCCGUCAGCUUCUAUGCUGUGUCAUUACUUUUGGUGGUGGAGAGUGUGAGGGCAGCCUUGUGGAUUUCUAUGCAAUAAACAGAAUGCUGUCUGGACAAUCAUUGUAUAAAGCGGUGGUGUGCAGGGCUAUGGUGUACAGGCCCUGCUCAUCACCCCCUGCACUUAAAGUGCUCGGCUCAGGGUGGAUUAUUUCUGCCACCUGGUGGAUUCACUGCCACUGCGCUCCUAAAAUCAGUGCAGUGAAUGCACACCUGGUGAAAUUAGCGCCCAGUGACUUCACACUAAAAUCAGAGCACAGUGAAUCCACACUAUGAAAUCAGCACAAUGAAUGCACACUGUGAAAUCAGUACAGUGAAUCCACACUGUGAAAUCAGCACAGUGAAUGCACACUGUGAAAUUAGCAGUGACUGCAUCACUGUGAAAUCAGAGCACAGUGAAUCCACACUGAAAUCAGAGCACAGUGAAUCCACACUGUGAAAUCAGAGCGCAGUGAAUGCACACUGUUAAAUUAGUGCCCAGUGACUGCACACUGUGCAAUCAGAGCACAGUGAAUGCACACUGUGAAAUCAGCACAGUGAAUGCACACUGAAAUCAGAACACAGUGAAUGCACACCCGGUCAAAUCAGCGCCCAGUGACUGCACAGUCAAUGAAAUCAGUGCAGUGACUGUACAUUCUGUGAAAUCAGUCCAUAGUGAUUGCACACCUAGUGAAAUCAGCGCAGUGAAUGUACACCAGAUUAAAUCAGUGCCCAGUGAGUCGGCACUCGGUAAUUCAUUGCCAGACCUGGGUAUGGUGACUUGAUCUGUAACCUGUUCUGUAAAUUUCAGUUGUAGUUAAUCAAUGCAUUAUUGCUUUAACUAAAUAUUAAUCUUUAAAACACUAUUAUUACGCUGAUGUAUUUCUAAUCACAUGUAAUGAUCUGAAACUGUUCACUGAGGAGAGAUAAUGAACAAAGUUAAAGUGUCUUCACAACAUAAGCUCCUGGCCAGUUACUGUCGGUGGGUUUUAUCAACACUGUUUACUUGCAGCCACACUACAUAUUUUAGAUAAAUUGCCGUCUUACAGCAAAUUGCACAAUUACAGGAUUGGCUGCAGCUAAUUUUUUGUUUUGUAUUUGUUAUUUACUUAAAGUCUUCCUCAACUCGAGCUUCCCCUGAGAAAGUCAGAGGCGGGAGAGCAGUGUUAGGGGCUGGAUCUGGUCCGGGGAUGUCCUGAAUUCAGUGGUACACAGUCACGUGUGAUAAACGCCUUGACAUGAGGUUGGCCUGUGACCCUGACUGAAGCGAGUGGGGACUGACAUACUGCGGGUGCAGUUAUAGAUCGACACCUGUUUCUGUCCCUGUCAGACCACAUUGUGCCACCACAGCAGAAACAUCAUCACCCCCCAUCCACCCCUGUCCCGUUCCACCUGUCCCGGCCCGUGCACUGCCCGAUGAUCUCAGAGGCAAUACUGAUGGUUCUAGCGACAAGGGAAAGAUCUGCCAGGAUUCACAGCGCUGACAUGGGCAUUAGGUGUUGCUGCAGUAAGUUGGCAGUGGGUGUGACUGACCAGUGAGGGACUGUGUACACAGGGGGAGUCAGCAAGGACACUGCCUGGGAAGCAGCCUGUGGUUGGAGGACAGACACGCCACUGUAUUUAUUCCUGGCACAUUGGGUUUGUGUAUGAGUACCCAUGAAGCAGUCUAGGACUGCACACUACAGAGGUUAAAAUCAUUAAAUGUGUUCUCAUUGAAACGAUCAGCUUGACUGGAGCUGCCUUCCCUGACUAGAGUGUCUAGAUCCACCUCAAUCUCCAAGUCCACCCAACUCAGCACCACCACACUACCAGCUUAGUCCAUCCCAUCGCCACCUCCCAGCCAAUCCAUCCGCACAUCGCCACAUCAUUCCCAAAUGGAACAAUCCAUUCCCACAUCAUUCCCAGCCAAUCCAUCAUAAAAUCAUUCCGGGCCAAUCCAUCCCAACAUCUCCACAUCAGACCCAGCCAACACAUUGCAGUCCAUUGAGUGGGAAUGCAGAACCUGGGCAGAAUUCAGAGACAUGAGUUCACACAAGUGCUGCAUCGAAGUAAAAUGUAGUUGAUAGAACGAUCAUGAGUCCACUGGAUUGCCAUAAAAAUCCAGGUGGUUCCCCAAUCUGCUUCCUCCCUCAGUGUGGCCGACAAUGUGGUCAACACUACCUGUCCCAGUGACACUCCCUCCCUGAGGGAGAAGACAAAGUGCCUAAUGCCAGUCUAACACAGAUCGCCAUCCACUCUCAAACCAAUCAGACUCAUCCCAAGCCAUAGGCAAUGUGCUUUAACACAACCACCUGAAGUCAGGGCUAUGGGAGGAACACACACACAGAGAGCAUUAAAAUGGAACUUAGUGUGAUCAACAAGUUGGACUAUAUAUACUGGUAUAAACUGAAACUAAAGCAUUUUAUACAUCACUUUAAAAUGUAUUUUGCUUCGCCAUCACGUGAUUGUAUUAAUUAUAUUGAUAUUUCAUCCUAAAACCAUAUGUUUGUUUGAAAUGCUUUCUAUUUUCAUUUGAGAGAAGCUAAGAUUUGCAAUCAGUCUUGGCCAUUCACUUCUUGCUAUUGAGAUUUAUAUUCAUUUUAUGAAAACACACUACUCAAUAAAGGGUUUGCCACAUUCACAA